UUUACAUUCACUACUUCCUUUUCAUCUGCUAAACACCAAAUCUUCCCCAUCCUUAGAUCAUAGAGCAUGUCGCAGCCUAACAUCCGCGUAGCUAUCAUUGGCGGCGGUCUCGCUGGAGCUACGCUUGCUAAUGCACUCAUCAAGGUGUCUCAUGUAGAUCUUGACCUUUUCGAAUCUGCACCCGAGUUCACAGAGCGCGGCGCUGCUAUUGGUCUUACCUCAAAUGCUCAGCGGGCUUUGGAUCAAAUUCUUCCGUCAAUGAAGCAAAGUCUAGAUAAAGCCGGUGCUGUUUCGAUGAACUCCUCUCGUAUCGUUCUAGGCUCAGGGCCAGAUUCAGGGUCCCUCAUUUUCGAUCUCGCAGGUGCCGGGGAUCCGGGCAUCGUGGUCCAUCGUGCUUCGCUACUGCGCGAAAUCCUCGCUCCACUUCCUGAAGAGAUUCUACAUACAAGUAAAGAGCUUUCUGAAAUCCGAACUCAGGGAGAGGAGUUGGAAAUUCGCUUCCAGGACGGUUCCUCAAAAUACUUUGACGCAAUUAUCGGUGCGGAUGGAAUAUUCAGCAAGGUCCGUAACUAUGUAGUGGGUAACUCCGGAGAGCACCAAGCAUCGCCUGCUGGCUUCUGGGACUGCCGGCAUCUAAUCCCACUUGAAAAGGCACGCAGUGUCAUUGGAGACCAGUUCUUCGAGCUUGACCGGCAAUAUGGAUGGAUCGGUGAUAAUGCGUUUAUCAUGCACGACGUCCUAGACAAUCGAACCAUGGUUCAGGUUGUAGUAUCAGCAAUCGAGAAAGAUCCACCGAAAGAUAGAAAACGACCGCUAACUAAAGAGCUGCUCACUGAAACGUUUAGCAACUGGCUUGACGGUCCCAUCGCAAAAGGAGUGAUCGAUUUACUUCUUGAACCAGGUGAUCUUAAGGCCUACUCUCAAUGGGAGCAGAAAUCAACACCCAACUACGCUAAGGGUCACGUCUGUAUUGUUGGUGAUGCUGCACAUGCAACAACCCCGUGGCAAGGCUCUGGCGCCGGUCUCGCUAUCGAGGAUGCCGUGAUCUUAGGACACCUUCUAUCUCACAUCAAAGCCAAGGACGAUCUCACCGCUGCUUUCAAGGCGUACGAUGCCGUCAGAAGACCACGAGGCCAACGAGUGAUCGACUCCAGCCGAGAAACAGGCCGGAUCCUUUGCGGACAGAAUCGGGAGAUUGGCCUAGAUCCAGACAAGCUAAGAGAACUCGUACCCGGCAGAUGGGGUUUCAUCAUGUCUCUUGACAUACACCAACACAAGCAAGACGCCCUUGAGGCGAUGCAGGCCAUUCUUAGGACAGAUGUGGAGUAAGUACUACACACCCGAUGGCACGCAAAACAAUUAGGUGGUAUUGCUUUACAAUUUGACCAAAGUAAAGACAAUAGCUAUUGGAUAUGGUUACCUCAUACCUAUGUUUCACUACCUACCUACAAUCCGUAUGCUCGUAAACUAUUACCUAAACAAGUAUCAUCGUUUAAUGCGAAGUUCCUUGUGAAACAGUCAUUAUCUUGCGGAUAUCUAUGAACAUCUCGGCGGGAUUUGCUGUCUAAUGUGUUGUUGAUGAACUACCAGUUUAUCAUGACCCACCGUCAGAAGUCGUCGU